UAGUAAUAUACUAGAAUACAGAUCUGCAUACAUGUUCCUUUUAAAGUGGUUUUAGCUCAGAAGAGCCAGUUAAGAUGUGAAUUAAGUUAAGAUGUCAUGAAUGUCGCGAGUCAGGAUCAUGGCCAAUAUGAGGUGAGUACAAUUUUUGGGUCCAGCCCCAUAGAUCCCUUAUCUAUUACUCAGAUCAAAUUAAGUUCUGGCCACAGCUCAGCCUUUUGAAAUAUCUUGAUAUGCAAUGGAUAACAACUCCCAUCCAUCCCCAUUGGCUGUGACCGAAGGGGUUGACAGUCUAGCCCAUUUAGAAGUCUUGAAUUAUCUUCCAAAUGUCAUGAAUCAGUUGUAUUGUCAAAUCCAUACUGAUAAUAAUGGGUCAUAAUUACCUUUCCUGGGAAAAAACAAGGAGAAUAACCUUUGGCCUGUGCAGCUGGAGCCAGUUAGCCUUUGCAAUGCCCCUGAGACCUCAACUGCUCUGUGCUUUUUCUUAAUUUUGACCCUUUUGAGGUUCUGUGGCAGCAGGAUGCGAUGAGUUGGGCAGAAAAGUAGAAGAUAGCAACCUUUCCAUGCCUUAGCUUUAGUGCCUUAUAAUGAAUGACCCUGGGAAAAUUAUAAUGGGAUUGGGGAGGAUUGUAAGCAAAAUAAUAUCCUGACUUUCAUCAUUUAUUGAUAAUAGGCUUGUGCACAGAUUCGGAGUGGUCAGUUCCCUUCGGCCAAUCUAGUUUGUUCAGCUUGGCUGGAUGGCCAUAAUGGUAAGAGCCCAGCCAUUAUGUUUUUUUAAUUGUUAUGGGGCCACAUGGCAGCCAAUCACAGCUCCUCCUCCCCUAUUUGGCAUCACGCAGGACACGAAGAGGCUGCCAUGUGGUGCUUGCAUGGGGUUUCCCUGUGAGCUCUGCCUGUUGAGCCAAUCUGAAUAGAUGAACACUGUGACGUGUCUGCUUCCUUAACCCCAUUGCUCAAACUCAGACUACCUCGAAAGGAAGAAAGGAAAGGAUCCCAGGAAAGGAAAGGGGAAUCUUGUAAGUUCCUCAUUGCUGCUAAUUGGCCAGAUCUUUCGGCUGUCUAGCCAAAAACAGAUAUUUCCAUUAACUGAUUUUCGGGAGGUUCCCGAAAAACAGAUCCGGGUGACCAACAAAAUUCAGAUGCCAAAACUAGAUCACCUUUCAGCCGAAUUGCACAAGCCUAAUUGUAAUAGCUAAGCUUUUGUGUUGUUCUGGUGCUGUCAAAUGGGCUUCAACUUACAGAGCAACAAAGCCAAAGGGAAAAAGGGAGAAGACAGCAGGUUUUCCUUGUCUUAGCACUUGUACAUUAGCAGAAAUAAGUCAUUAUAGUAGGCAUGGGCAAACAUUGUCCCUCCAGGUGUUUUGGGCUUGUGGAAAUUGAAGUCCAAAACACCUGGAGGAACAAAGUUUGUCCAUGUCUGUAUUAUAGGAUAGUAAGGAAUGCAAGUUACUUUAUCAGGAACCUACUGGGUGACUUUGGGCAAGUCUCUCUCUCUUGAUCACAAAGGAAGGCAAUGCCAAAUCCCCUCUGAACAAAUCUUGCCGUAAUUAACCAAUUAUAGUUUCUUCAACAACAAAGCUAGAGGUCCUGUCCCUUUGACAGCUCAGUAAAAGACCAAGUGAAGGGCAAGUGUACAAACUGAGUGCACAUUUUGUGCAGGGGAGGCAAUAGAUUGCAAUGUAACUGCUUACCCUUGAAACAGAAUGUACUUUAUGCUUUGGUAAGUAAGGAUACCGCCAACACAUCCUGGUCCUACCUAAAACAAUUAGGAAAAAGUAAUAGCAACCCGUUUUUUGUGUUUCCGGUUGGCUGAAGCUGACAACGGUGAUGGCUGAAGCGAACAUGUUGCUUAAUUUUGCGAAAGGAUAUAACAUAAGUGAGGCAAUCGUGCUUGAAUCUUGCUAUGUAUUCCUCCUUGUAAGCUGCGGAAGCAAUGAGAAAACAUUCCUUUUUGUUUUUGCUGUGAAGACCACUUGUACACUUCCUUGUGAUGAGGAUGACUGUGUUGACAUGAGCUAGCAAAACUGGACCACUGCAAUUCCUAUACAGUUGACCCUCCUCAAAAAGGAUAAAUUGAAAUCUACUAAGUGAUUGAGCGUUGAUUUCUAAGUGCAUUUGCUGGAAUUUAGGGGUGCAACCUCAGAGAAAACCUGUUUAGGAAUUUCUAGGUCCUCCAGUUCAGAUUUCUGGUCAACUUCUAGUGGAUGUUGACCAUAAAGUCACACUAGAAGACCAGGAGAUUUCUAGAGAGAACAUUUUAAUUAAAUGUGUGGAUAAUCCAAUGUGGAGGGCCAACAGUAGAUCUUGCACUUGCAAGAGUUUUUAUUUAUUUAAUAAUAUUAGAAUAUCUAUGGAUGGGAAAAACAAUUUUCCUUCCUCUGCAAGUUUGCAAGUCAGCAAAACAAAUAAACAUGCUUCCUCCUGAUGUUCAACUCCUCCCCACCAACAUAAAACAUGAAAAUACCAUAUUUAUUUGAUUCUAAUGCUCACCUUUGUAAACUAAAUUACCUUCCCAAAAUUGGGGUGUGCAUUAUAUUCACGGAAAAUGGUAAAUACUUUUGUGGGUUUCAGGGUUUCGAACAUUGAGGUACUCAUUAGAUUUGAUGGCGCAUUAGACUUGUGUAAAUGUGGUAACAUUUCCUUCUCCACAUGCAAAGGGAAGAAAUGUCAUUUCUCCAACUGUGGUUUGUAUGAAGGCUGUGAUAUUUAUGUAUCAUCUUGUCCUUCCUGUAAGAAGCAGGGAUGAGCCUCCAGCUAUUGCUGGACUGCAACUUCCAUCAACUCCAGAGGCUGUGGGUCAUGGGACCUGCAGUCCAAGAACAUCUUCCAACUCAAGAAGUCUGUGAUUCUGUGAGAAAUGUUUCCAUUAAAUAACAAAGUCAGAAUCGUCCAUGCCAUUUUAUUUUCCAUUUUGAAGGUGUGUCGGUGAAAGAUGGAUGGUGAAGAAAAACCGAUGAGAAAAAACACAUACACAAAGAAGGAGAAUAUGGUGGUGGAUAACAAAGAUUAUCAAAAAAUAAAGUAAAUGGUCAUAGAAGAAUGAAAGCUGAGAUCUCUUUAGAAAUGACUAAACGGAAGCUAUCUAUAUUUCUAUGAUUCUAUGAUUCUAUCACAGUUCUGGCAUAAAACAAAGCUCAGUAAGGUGAAAGGCAGUAGGCAAAGAAGAAGGUUGCAUCACAGACGGAUGGAGUUAGUAAAGGAAGCCAACUAAAUUUGCCAAACUUGAGUGGGGCAACUUAUGAUGAUGAAAUCUCUUAUUCAUAGGACUUCCAUUAGGUCGAAGCUAAUUUGACAACAGUAGAACACUGAUUCAUUGCUCUUUAGGACCCUUGUGUUUUUAAUUGCUUCAAUUCAUUUUAUUUCAAGUUGCCUUAAGAUCCUUGGAUAUUGGUUGAGAGAUAUAUAAAAUAAUCGUAAUGUAAGUAUUUGCUGAAGGUUACCCAGUCUCUUUCCAUGGCUGAUUUGAAUUGAUUUUAGGUUGCCCUCAGAGCCUUGGCUAUAGAUAUGGAUAUAAAUACGAUGAUGCCCAACGUAAUGAUUUAUUUAUUUAUUUACAGCAUUUAUAUUCCGCCCUUCUCACCCCGAAGGGGACUCAGGGGGGAUCACAUUACACAUAUAGGCAAACAUUCAAUGCCUUUUAACAUAGAACAAAGACAAGACAAACAUAGGCUCCGAGCGGGCCUCGAACUCAUGACAUCCUGGUCAGAGUGAUUCAUUGCAGCUGGUUGCAGCUGGCUUGCUCUCCAGCCUGCGCCACAGCCCGGGCUUGCCAAAGGUCACCCUGGUUGAGCAGGGAUCUCCAGAGUCAUGAUCCAACAUUCAGAACCUGCUGGCUCUGGUGUUUUUGCAGAUCAGUGUACCUGAAUUUGUAAUUGAUUAUAUCCUUGAUUGUCUUCUUCAUAAAGGUGCCAGGAGAUGGGAAAUUUCUGUCUUGACUCAUUAACUAUUUCCGAGGCUGCAAGUGGUCACAGUCUUGUGAGUUGCGGAUUUGGAGAAACCCAUUAGUUGGAUGUUAUUUUAAAGUCUUUCUAGUCUAACAGAAGUUAUCUUGGAUGCCCCCUGCUCUGCCCAGACCAAUGGAUUUGCUUAGCUUCAGCAAUUUGGUGGCAUCACAUGCCUUCCGGCUGUGCCAUGUCUGCAUUGUUUGCUUUGGCAACUUGUGGGUGCGGUGGAGGAAUCAAAAUUAGAACCCCAUCUCCCAUGGUAACCAAAUUUAGAAUGCAACCAAUUUUAUUGUUCCUUUAUGAUAGCCAACUGUCAGGAGACCCAUGGGCAGCAUGUAGCCUCUAAGGUGAUCCCAUCAAGCAAACAGGGCACCACCAUUAUGUUCUCUUAUUUCAGGUGCCAUAAGGAUUGUGGGUUCGGAGCCCAGUGUGUCUAGCUCCAAAGGGUCAAAUGGGGCACAAGGGAUGAAGGCAAUGAUCAGCGGCUUUUUUCUCCUUGUCUAAAAAGAAUGUAAGCAGAGACUGCUCUUCAAAGAAUGGACAUGCUGUAAAUAAUUGACAUGCCACAACUAUGAUUCUUUGAUUCUAUAACUCUGAACACACAGAUUUAUUUAUAGUACUUUGCCAGUUCUUCAAAACAAAGGCAUGAUACUACACUAACUCCUGUUUGGUCCAAUAUGGUGCCAGCUAAGAACCGUUCCAUGGUUGGUCUGGAGUUUCAUCCAUCAUCAUCACUGAUUGGCUUCAGUCACUGCAGGAAAUUCAAUAAACUGUCAUUGGAUUAUUUUAAAGGUUUGUAUUGUCUGUUUUAUGAACUGCCCAGAAGAGGGUUGUGAUCAAGGGCUGAAAUGGGUUUUGAUGUCCCUGCUCCAGUCAAUGCAACGGGUACCAGACAGGUAAGCAAAUGGGUGUUCACGGUGUUGGCAAUUUCAAUGGAGAUCUGAAGGUGGGGGUCCAAUUUGGCAAAAGAGAUGAGGAGGUGUUCCCUGGAAUAAACUCAGAUCAUAUUAGGAAAAACAGGGAAAGAACACAGAUCAUAUUAGAAAAAACAGGGAAAGGUCCAGUAGCUCUUUCAUAAGCCCAUUGUACUGUAUGUUCCUUGUGUCUUCCUAGAGUAUUGUGUUAGAUUAUACUCACUAAUCCCAUCACAAGUGUCGCCAUACAACAAUUCAGCAAGAUCUAGGUUUAAAUCCCUGCUCAGCCAUGGAAGCCCACUUUGGGUAAGUCACACUUGCAAUGGCAACAUCUCCUGAGAAUAACUCUUGCCAGGAAAAUGCUGGAUCAGCAUUGCCAUAAAUUAGAGACAACUUGAAAGUACAUCAAAACAAAAUGCUGUUAAUCUAUAGCAGUCAAAAAGACUGAAAGCUUUUCUGUAUCAUCAAAGACUAACAAUCUUUAUUUGCCAUAAGCUUUCAUGGACUGAUAACAGGAACUGCAGUUAUGAACAAGCCCAACAUGUUUGAACUUUCCAGUGUCACUAUAAAUGUCAUGGAACAAUUUCACUAUCAGCCAAGUUUUGCAAUGUGUGUGGGAUCAGGAGGGAUGCUGUUUCUUCACUUUUCCUUUUGGACUGGAUUCCAAUGCUGUGUAGUUUUACAAAGUCAUUAGCAUUCUCUGCCUUAGAUCACAUUUACAUUGCCAUAUAAUGCAGUUAAAUACAUUGAACUGGAUUAUGUGAGUCUACGCUGCCGUAUAAUGCAGUUCUGAAACUGCAUUAUACGGCAGUGUAGUUGGGGCCAAAGAAUGUUGGUGCCUCACCAGAUAACAAAUCCCAUGAUUCCAUAGAAUUGAGCCGUGGUAGUUAAAGUGGGAUCAAACUGCAUCAAUUCUAUAGUGUAGAUGCAACCUUUGAAUGCCUUUCCUCUUGUUGGUCCUGAUCAAACCAGGGAUACUCAAAAAACUGGAUACACCUGUAUGUUGACAAUUGUCAGAGUGGGUCUACUCUAGCUGGCGUUAACCCAGAAAAUGUGCAAUUUGCACAUCUAUAUAUAUAAAAGAGUGAUGGCAUCAGGGCAGCGGACAAAACAACAAAACUACAAGCCCCCCAACCUCGAAAAUUGACAGCACAACCUCUCAUCCACGGCUCUACGUUCAUACAACAAAAAGAAAAGAAAAAUUAAGUCCUAGCCACAGCAACGCGUGGCUGGGCACAGCUAGUUAUCAUAUAAUAUGUUGUUAUUUGCUCAAUCCUCCCUGAUUCAGUGGAGUUGCAGAAAGAGGCACGGUCUAUUCCCUGUCAUGCAAGGGCAUAUUUGCAGAGGCACAGUCCAUUGCAAAGUGCUGUUUGUUUGGUGUUGAUGUUCAACAGAAAGGCUGGCGUACCUUGUAACUAAGGGAGUGCAGAUUUACACUGAAAGAGGCUGGAACACAACCGAGAUUGGGUCUUCUGUGCUCCUUGAGUCUUUUGGGCUUGUCUGAACCUACUACAUCUUGUCUCACCCAGAUGUUUUUGUCUAUCUCUGAAGAAUCCCAUUGGGAUGUUUUGACACAUCGAAGCCUGUGUCGCAAUGACCAUUUCUGUUUGUUUUUAAGCAAACUUUCAACAGGAGGAAGAUGACUUCUAAUAAUUGACAGAUCCAUACAUACCGGCUCUGAGUGGUUCUAUGGAAGGAAGCAAAUGAAGUUCCUCUUUCGCUGGUUUUGCAAUUGACUUUGGUGGGGAAGAGCGGAGAAGACAAUAGAGACCAUCCUGGAAGCAGAAUACGCUGACUCAAGAGUGUGAUGGAGUCUCUUAUUCUGGAGAGCAAGAGAAGGAUCCGAAGUAUUGGAACAGCAAAGCCAAGCAGACGCUGGAAUCCGCGCUCAAGUUGACACCAAUGAACCACCGGGCAAAGAACAUCAUUUUCUUCCUGGGCGACGGCAUGGGGGUCCCCACUAUCACAGCCGCCCGCAUCUACAAGGGCCAGAUGGCAGGAAACUCCGGGGAGGAGACCGUGCUGGCGAUGGAGAAAUUCCCCUAUGUUGCCCUGUCCAAGACAUACAACGUCAACCGCCAGGUGCCGGACAGUGCGGGAACGGGGACGGCUUACCUGUGUGGGGUGAAGGCCAACGCCAAAACCCUGGGAGUGAGUGCGGCCGCUGUCUUUGAGGAGUGCAACACCACCUUCGGCAACGAGGUCUAUUCCAUCCUGCACCGGGCCAAGGCUUCAGGCAAAGCUGUGGGGAUUGUGACCACCACCCGGGUCCAGCAUGCCUCGCCGGGAGCCUCUUAUGCCCACUCGGUCAGCCGGGAUUGGUAUGGGGACAGAGACUUGCCCAAAGAUGCCGUCCGCCAAGGCUGCAAGGACAUUGCCUACCAGCUGGUACACAACACCGACAUCAACGUGAUCCUCGGAGGAGGUCGGAUGUACAUGACGCCCAAAGGGACACCUGACCCGGAGUAUCCGGAUGUCUCUGGCCACAAAGGGACCCGGAAAGAUGGGCUCAACCUCAUAGAGAAGUGGCUGAGCGGCAAGAAGGGAGUUCACUACGUCUGGAAUAAAACCGCCCUGGAUGCCGUGAAUGAACACACUACCAACUACCUCAUGGGUCUCUUUGAGCCAAAGGAUAUGAACUAUGAACUCGAGCGCAACAAUAAGACAGAUCCCUCCAUUGUGGAAAUGACGGAGAAGGCCAUCCGGAUCCUCCGCAAGAACCCCAAGGGCUUUUUUCUCUUUGUGGAAGGAGGCAGGAUUGACCACGGGCACCACAGCAGCAAAGCCAGGCAUGCCCUCACCGAGGCCGUGAUGAUGGACCGGGCUAUAGAACGAGCCGUAGAAUUAACCGACGCCUCCGAAACCCUCACCGUGGUCACAGCGGACCACUCGCAUGUCUUCACCUUCGGAGGCAGCACCCCACGCGGCAACAACAUCCUUGGCCUGGCCCCCAAAAUGGCGAUGGACAACCGCUCAUACACCAGCAUCCUCUAUGGAAACGGACCGGGCUACGCUCUCAAGGAUGGCACCCGCCAGAAUGUGAGCUCCGUGGCCCUUGACAAAAUGGAUUACAGACAGCAGGCGGCCGUCCCUCUGGCCUCCGAGACCCACGGCGGAGAAGACGUGGCCAUCAUGGCUCAAGGCCCCAUGGCCCAUCUCUUCCAUGGCAUCCAGGAGCAGAACUACAUUGCCCAUGUCAUGGCCUAUGCCGGCUGCAUCGAGCCCUACCAUCGAGAGCCAGAGUGUUGUUCUACUUGGAAAUCCAGAUCUGGAAGUUCGGGGCUGUCUCAGAACCCCCUGUUUUCUCUCAUGGCUCUUUGGUUGGGGCUUCUCUUCUUGAGAUAGUGAUGGUGAAAAAGACACACUCGUGGACUGGAACAUUUUUCUUCAAAGUGCCUCCUCUGGACAUCAGCUUGGGAUGGUCUUCUUGUCUCCUCCAGACAAGUAGAAGCCGGUGGUUGCCAUAUCAGCUGGAAGUGGUCAACACGCUCUGGAUUGCAGUCUGAAAUAGAGCUCUCUGGGACAUUGCUUCUUAAACUGUGUAUCCUGACCCCUUAGUUCAGUGUCAGGGUCAUGACAAAUUUGGCAACAGAGAAACCUACAUGCAUCUAUUAGCAACAAUACGCAGUGGAUUCUGCAGAAAAUGUUUCAUAAAAAGGAAAAUCAGCCUGCCUAGCAACCCUCCAAAUGCUGAUUUAUUGUCAGUAGAUGUUUGAUUUUAUACAAUUUUUAUAUACCUGGAUUCAUGUUGAAAUUUCUCGAUCACAGCGGGAAAAGUUUAAGAAACUUUGCUCUAGGAUAUUAUAUCCAGCCCAAAUCGAUACGUAGAAAACUGAAAAGUACUGCUUCACUUUCUAUUGGUUUCUGCUCAGAUCUCUGAUCCUCAUAGUUAAGGUAAAAGUUUUCCCCUGACGUUAAGUCCAGUCAUGUCUGACUCUGUGGGUUGGUGCUAAUCUCCAUUUCUAAUUCGAAGAGCCGGCGUUUUCCGUAGACACCUCCAAGAUCAUGUGGCCGGCAUGACUGCAUGGAGCACCGUUACCUUCCUGCCAGAGCGGUACCUAUUGAUCUACUCACAUUUGCAUGUUUUUGAACUGCUAGGUUGGUAGGAGCUGGGGCUAACAGCGGGCGCUCAUUCCGCUCCCGGGAUUUGAACCUGGGACCUUUUGGUCCACAAGUCCAGCAGCUCAGUGCUUUAACACACUUCGCCACCGGGGCUCCCUCUGAUCCUCAUAUCAUUGAUUAAAUCUUCAGAAAUGAACAGAGAAGCAGAAAAUGACUACGACUUCUCUGAGGUUGCUUCUUCAGCAUUGGGGUGCCUAUUACAUUACAAUUAUUUAGUGCCAGGGUUUAAGCCACAAGAAUGCCACAAGCUGGCCUGCUCAGUUAUGUGCAAGGAGAGCUAUGCCUUCAUAUGGGUUGGUAGGAUUCAUCAAAGUGGUGUGAGGCCAUCUGGUUCAUCUGGCACUUAGAAGAAUAGGAGAUCCAGGCAUCUGAUCCCCUUGAAUUUACCAUUCAACAGGAACAGAGAAGCAGAACACAACUAUGCUUUAGAAUCAUAGAAUCAUAGAGUUGGAAGAGCCUCACGGGCCAUCCAGUCCAACCCCAUUCUUCCAAGAAGCAGGAAAAUCACAUUCAAAGAAACCCCAACAGAUGGUCAUCCAACCUCUGUUUAAAAGAGCCUCCACUGCACUCCGGGGCAGGGAGUUCCACUGCUGAAAAGUUAUCACAGUUAUGAAGUUCUUCCUCAUGUUCAGGUGGAAUCUUCCUUUCUUUCCUGUAGUCUGAAGCCAUUGUUCCACGUCCCAUUCUCCAGGGCAGCAGAAAACAAGCUUGCUCCCUUCUCCCUAUGACUUCCUCUCACCUCUUGAUACAUGACUAUCAUGUCUCCUCUCAGCCUUCUCUUCUGCAGGCUAAACAUACCCAGCUCUUUAAGCCGCUCCUCAUAGGGCUUGUUCUCCAGACCCUUGAUCGUUUUAGUUGCCUCCCUCUGGACGCUUUCCAGCUUGUCAAUAUCUCCCUUCAACGGUGGUGCCCAGAAUUGGACACAGUAUUCCAGAUAUGGUCUGACCAAGGCAGAAUAAAGGGAUAGUAUGACUUCCCUGGAUCUAGACUCCUAUUGAUGCAGACUAAAAUCCCAUUGGCUAUUUUUGCCUCCACAUCACAUUGCUGGCUCAUGUUUAACUUGUUGUCCAUGAAAACUCCCAAGAUCUUUUUCACACAUACUGCUGUCGAUCCAGGCAUCCCUCAUCCGGUAUCCUUGCUUUCUCCAGGGUUGCUUCUUCUUCAGCAUCUCCAAAUUUUGGAGACAGGAGCAGUUUCACUUUCCUGUGCUUUUUGUUCAAAUCUCUGAUCCUCAGGUCACUGUUCAGAUCUUCAGAGAAGUUCCACCUUCUCUGGAGCUUUAAUACCUGUAAGGACCAUGUCGUGGAAGGUGGACUUCCCCAUCAAAAGAAACAACUUUGCAAGAGAACCAAGCUCCUCUGCAAACUGAAGAACUCAAGAACAAGGUGACAGGUUCACCUUAGGGUUGGCUUGGCUUGGAAACAACAUGAACACAAUGAUGCCAUUGAAGGGAUACUGUUAUGUCAGGCUCAAUGGCAAUACUUUCCUUGGUUACACAAUAUAUUUCCAUGGAUCAUCUUUGUGGCAGAUAACAUUAUGUAACAACAUGUGAAACAUUUUCUGUUCCUGGUUUGAAGUGUUAUUUCCUGUUUAAUUGUGUGGUCCUUACUUUGAAAGGAGUUGUUCUACUCCAGAAACUUUGUUUUUCUGGCUGCCAUUUGUUCACUCUAGGAGAUAUUCAUUCAGAAACUAGAGCAAAAUGUGCAGCAUGAUGUCCUUCCUGAAAAAAAAACCCCAAAGUUUCUGCAGUUUAAUAAACUUUUUCAGUGAUUUUAAGAUACAGUAGAGUCUUGCUUUUCCAACAUAAAUGGGCUGGCAGAAUGUUGGAUGAGCAAAAAAUGUUGGAUAAUAAGGAGGGAUUAAGGAAAAGCCUAUUAAGCGUCAAAUUAUGUUUACAAAUGACUAUGUAACUCACAAAGUAGCCCUGUUUGCUCUUUCUGCAAAAAAGAUCAGAAAGAUAGAAUUAGAUAAAAUUGCCAUCAACUGCCGAGGAGACUCAAAGCAUUAAGUGGACUCACAAUAUGCAUUUGUAUGUGAACUCUUUUGCAAUAUGUUUUUUUUAAAACCCUGUUAACUGGCAUUGUUUUAGCUCCUUGCGGGAGCAUGAUUAUGGCUUCUGCUCAGUAUCUCUGGAGUCUAUUGCUCCGAGGGUACUAUUGUGUGCAUGUGUUGCUUUUUGUCAUGGCCUUGGGCCCGUACAAUAAACUAUUUUGAUGAUUGUUA